AUGUGUACUGUGUCUCGCCCGCAAAGUCCUCAAAUUUCAACACUCACACACCCGUUAAACCGAGACCAUGAAUCAACUCCUCCCCCCAACUAUCGUCCAGAAAUCACUGUCAAAAUUUUUAAUAAUAAACAAACCGCUCUGCUUGACUCAGGUGCUUCAGUAUCAGCUAUCUCGGAACAUUUUUUCCAAAGCUUAACCACUGACCCCUCUCAAGAUCAAAUUCCUAUUUUUCCUCUUUCAGGCAUAUUACUCACUACAGCUCUUAGCAAUAAAACCGUCAAAAUUAAGUCUCAAAUUUAUUUAACAUUUACAAUUAAUCAAUAUGAAACCCAUGGUAUCUUUCUAGUCGUUCCCUUGCUCUCUACCCCACUUAUUCUGGGGACAGACUGGCUGUUGGAAAAUGAGGUGACCAUAGACUAUAAGAAAAAAAUAAUUUCCCUCUCUACUACUAAUGAUGAAAUACCUUUUAAACUAAUUGCGGACCACGACCCCAGUAGCCUUGUAAACUCACUCAAUAGUCUAAAUUUAAAUGAUCACCACCUUAAUAUGUAUGAACCCCUUUCCAGUUUAAAACAGCCACCUCUCCCGUUUGAAAAUGAAAAAAAUAUUGCCCUUAAUGAUAUCCCACUUAAUGAAUCUCAACGAAAUUUAAUGUUUUCCCUUCUUCAACAAAAUCAACAAAUUUUUCAAGAUAAACCUGGCCUUCACAGAUUUUUCUCUUAUAAAUUCAACAUUAGACCACAUGAACCUUACAAAAUUAGACCAUACCCUGUCCCUUUCUCCCGUCGUCCCGCGGUAGAAAGGGAGAUCAACAAGAUGCUUCAAUGGGGGGUUAUUGAGAGAUCAGACUCUGCCUAUAGUAACCCACUAGUAACAGUUGCUAAAGCCGACGGCUCUAUUCGCUUGUGCUUAGACGCCCGAAAGUUAAACACUAUUAUCUUACCCACACGAGACGCUUCCCCACCCAUCGAUGAAAUUCUUGCAAAAUUUAAUAACAAAUCUUUUUUCUCCGCCCUCGAUUUUUCUUCAGGAUAUUGGCAAAUUCCCCUUGAUCUUGCUGUUCGGCAAUACACUAGUUUCCUUUAUGAUGGGCGUUCCUAUCAAUUUUGUGUUGUACCUUUUGGUCUCAAUAUAUCAAAUGCUGCUUUUGGUAAAGGGCUUGAGGCCGCUCUAAAUAAUUAUUCUACACCUUGUCCCCACCCCAACGACAUACACACGUAUCUUUCACCACAACAUGCAGGAACAUUCUCGUAUUAUUUAUUUAUUAAUUCAACUUAA